AUGUCAUCAACCGACUCGUCAGGCCCGCUCUUCAGCUCCGACCUCAUCUCCCCCGAAGUCCUCAAGGCGCUGCCCGAAGGCUACAGCUGCCGCCCAUUGGAGAAGAAGGACUAUGCGAAUGGUUUCCUCGAUGUAUUAAGGGUGCUCACUACCGUUGGCGACAUCACCGAAGAGCAAUGGAACGAGCGCUACGACUGGAUGGCCAAACGAAACAACGAAUACUACCUCCUCUGCAUCACCGACUCGUCCUCUGCCAUCGUCGGCACCGGCGCCCUCCUCGUCGAGCGCAAAUUCAUCCACCAACUCGGUCUCGUCGGCCAUAUUGAAGACAUCGCCGUGGCCAAGGACCAGCAGGGGAAGAAGCUGGGGCUGCGCAUCAUUCAGGCGCUCGACUUUGUGGCGGAGAAGGUGGGCUGCUAUAAGACGAUUUUGGACUGCUCUGAGGCGAAUGAGGGGUUCUAUGUCAAGUGUGGGUUUAAGAGGGCUGGGUUGGAGAUGGCGCAUUAUUAUGGGCGGUGA